AUGGAUCUUAUCAUCACCUCCAACUGCGCAUCGCCCAUGACAACCGACUCGAACCCCCUCCCGACCCCGCCGGACGGUAACCACAACGAGCUCCCCAUCCGCGAGGCUUUUGUCAGCUCGGUGGUUCGCAGCCUCGAAGAGUCCAAGGCCGGCGGUGGUCUUCAGCUCUGCUUCGACCAGUUGCUCGACCCCCAGCUCCAGGACGAGACUGCCAUCGCCGUCAUCCCUGCCACCCCGACCGUCAUCCCCCCCUCCACCCCCGGCUGUGUUGGCCUUGGUCUCAACAUCCCCUUCCUCAGCAAGAACGACAUCGUUGCUGGCGACUUGCUGCACACUCCUCCUAACAAGUACAAGCCGCUUUUCCGCACCUCGCCCCGCGCAUACACUAACUUGUUGCCGGAUGGCCUCGCAGAGGCUGAGGGGGCUUCCUCCAGCAACACCGGCCUGGCCUUCAACCCCAGCGCAUUCACUGCCGCUUACAGCAACAUGGGCGACAUGGGUAGCAGUCUUAACCCGGGCUUGGCCUACCGUGGUCCUCACCCCGACCAGCUCGACCUCGUUCUCCCGCCCCUCAACCCCGGCCAGGCCUCCACCGUGGCCUCGUACUUGAGUACCCCGCCGCCACCCCGCCACCUCGACGCUUUCCCUUCUCCUGCGCUGCUCCUCUACACAAACAACAACAUUACCUCCAAGCUCCAGAACACGAUCGCGCCCCGCCUCAUCAACUGCCAGGCAUAUGAGCGGAUCAACGCUCAGCUCAUGACGCCAGACGACAGUGUCAACAAUGACCCGUCGCCGUGGAGCUCGCCCGUCAACCUGCCCGGCUCGAUCGACUACCACAGCGGCGUCGCUCGCUGGGACGAGUAUUCGGACGAAGAGGACCAGCCGAUGCUGGGACACUACACCAGCCCCAUGUCUGUGGCCGGUGGCAUUCCCGAUGAGGGUCGCCAUGUCAUGCAGCAUGCCCCGUCGUACGCCCAUCACGAGCCCCGGCAAUACGUCCCCAAGGCCCCCGUCGCAGCCAAGCCCCGUGCCAAGCCUGUCCCGUCGUCCAUGGGCAUGAACACCACGUUUGUUGUUCCCGAGGACGAAAACGAGCCCUUCUACGCCGUCGCCGGUGCUUGUGUUGGCAAGUGGCGGUUUAUCGACCACGCAGACCCCCCGCCCACCGACUAUGACAUUCGCAUCUGUGCCGACUGCCGCACCGAUCAGCCCGGUGGCAACACCUGGCGCCGGUCCAUGGAUGACAAGCACAUUCUCUGCAAUAAGUGUGGUAUCUACCAGCGCACGCACCACCGCCAGCGUCCGCCCAAGUCGAACGACCACCGUGCGUGCUUUACGCUCGCCGAGCUGGCCGUCCGCGAGCCUGGCCAGGUCACCAAGGGCAAGAACGCCGCCCCGUCCAAGGCCGGCAACAACAGGAAGCCCAGCGUCGUCCCCAUCUUUGGCGCUGUCCAGCCCGUCGGCGCGCUCUGGAAUUCGCACGGCUCUGGCUCUGGUUCUGGCUCUGGUCGCGGUCUCCUCCCCUCGCCCAACAUCGGCUCGGGACCCAACCGCCACCGCCGGCCCUCGUCCCGUGCCGAGCCGUACGGCCGGAAGAAGAGCCGCGACGAUGAUGGCGACUGGACGCCCUAG